AUGUCGCAAAUUCGCAUUCUUCUGACCGGCGCCACGGGCUACAUUGGUGGCUCGGUCCUGACCACUCUCAAAGCCAGUACUGCCAUCGAGGUACAAAAUGCGCAGAUCGACGUCCUCAUUCGCGGACUGGAGAGGAUUCCGGAGUUUGAAAAUCUCGGUGUUGGGGUCAUUGUCUUCAAGAGUCUCGAUGAGACAGAAUUCAUUCAGAAGCUCGCGAGCGACUACGAUGUUAUUAUCAACACCGCUUCCGCGUUCCACACAGAAUCCGCUAUCGCCAUGAUCACUGGUCUUCAUGAUAGAGAGACCAAGACAGGCCGGAAAACCCACUUUAUCCAUACCUCUGGAACGUCCAGCAUUGCCGACCGGCCGGUCAGCAAAGUCUACCUCGAAUCCCGAGAGCUGCACGAUACCAACGAUGUAUAUGCGUAUCAACAGGCUCGCGAGGCCCACGAGGCCUAUAAACAGCGCACAACCGACCUGGCUGUCUUCCGCACGGGUAUUGAUCUUUCCGUCAAGACGACGAUCAUCAUGGCCCCGACCAUCUUCGGCAUUGGCACUGGUCCGGUCAACCGGCUCUCGAUCCAAAUUCCCGCGCUCAUCCGUCGUGCCUUGCAGUACGGACACGCUGUGGUGAUCGGGGACGGUCAGGCUGAGUGGGAUCAUGUCCACAUCGCCGAUCUAGUGACCCUGUUCGAGUUGGUUCUGGUGAAGGUGCUGAAGGGAGAGGACGUGCCGUACGGAGCCCAAGGAUUGUUGUUCGCAGAAACGGGCCGUCAUACCUGGAUGGACGUAUCUCGCGGCAUUGCCACGGCGGGAUCCGAGCUGGGCUUACUGGCGACCGAUGAAGUUCGUAGUGUGUCCCUGCCAGAGGCAGCAGCCUGGGCCGCCAAUGGCAGUGAGCAGGUGCGCGAGCUAGGCUUUGCAUCGAAUGCUCGGUCGAAGGCUACGUUGAGCAGAGCCUUGGGAUGGCAACCACAGAAGACAGAGACGGACUGGCACGGUGCAUUCAAGGAGGACUUUGAAGCGAUUGCCAAAACUGUGGUUUAG